CUGAAAUAGGGUAGAGUGCCCAUCUGGAGAGGUGAGAGCGACUUUGUUUCGAUCUUACUUUCCUAAACUCACAUCUUCGACCGGGCGCUUUACUCCGACCAUAAUUAACAUGGCCGAAGGCUAUGAAGAUGGCAUUACCAGGACUUCCAGCGGGCGUCAGACAUACGCUCCUGACGGUCUGUCCAGCCUAGGCCACUCUACAUCUGGACAAGAAGCACCUGAACAGAGCAGGGCUGCUAGCAUUUCUGGAACCACAACGGCACACUCUACCAGAUCGAGCAUCUCCGGCCCAAGGGGAUCCAAGGAAGACAAUGACCAGGACCAGAAACCCAAGAACAAGACUGGUCUUCCAGCUGGUCUUACAGCCGGUCUGAACGAGGAAAACUUCAGCUCCGAAGCGGACGUCGAGAUGCAAAGGGAGCGAACUAAUCGCAGCUUGAACGAGAAGGACGACGAGAAGGAUGAGGGAGAAGAGGAGGAAAAUGAUCCUAACUUGGUCGACUGGGAUGGUCCUGAUGAUCCAGGAAACCCGAUGAACUUUCCUGCCUGGAAGAAAUGGUUGAUUACGGUCGUUGCUGGCUUGAUGACCUUCUCAGUCACUUUCGCAUCGUCCGUCUUCAGUACUGCUACCACGCCUACAUCUCAAGAGUUUGGUGUCAGCACUGAGGUGAUGAUCUUGGGAACUUCACUCUUCGUUCUUGGCUUCGCGUUUGGACCAAUCGUCUGGAGUCCUUUUUCGGAGUUGUUUGGACGCAAGCUUCCGCUGUUCAUUGGUUUCUUCAUCUUCGCCAUUUUUCAGAUUCCUGUAGCAGUUGCUCAGAAUCUUGAAACGAUCUUCAUCUGCAGAUUCCUUGGUGGUUUCGCAGCAUCGGCUCCGUUGGGAAUUGUGGGAGGGUUACUUGCAGACAUCUUUGGCCCAAUCGACAGAGGUAUUGCGGUUGCUGUUUUUGCCUCGGCAACCUUCGUCGGCCCCGUUGCUGGACCAAUUGUGGGCGGAUUUAUCACUAUGUCCCAUCUCGGAUGGAGAUGGACUGCCUGGAUCACCCUGAUCAUGGCUGGGUUCUUCGGACUGAUCGGUUUCGUCGUUAUCCCAGAGACCCUGGCUCCUGUUUUGCUUUCACGCAGAGCAAAGAAGAUCCGCUUCGCCACGAAGAACUGGGCAGUCCACGCAAAGGCAGACGAGAACGAGGUCAACAUGAAGGAGCUCGCGCACCGUUACCUGCUGAAGCCUUUCCAAAUGCUUGCCAUGGAGCCUAUCCUUCUGCUCGUCACCUUGUACAUGGGCUUCAUUUAUGGGUUUCUGUACCUUUGCUUCGAAGCAUAUCCCAUUGCUUUCCAACAGGAACGUGGUUGGAACGCUGGCGUUGGAGCUCUGCCCUUCGCCGCCAUCAUCGUCGGAGUAGCUUUUGGCUCCAUCUUCAUCUGCUUCUUCACCAAAACCAGAUUUGCCAGAAAGAUGAAGGAACAUGGCGAGGUUGUACCUGAAGAGAGAAUGAUUCCGAUGAUCGUGGGAGGUGCCCUGCUGCCAAUCGGCAUGUUUUGGUUCGCGUGGACGAGCAAUCCCAACAUCUUAUGGGUCCCGCAAGUCAUUUCAGGAGCCUUCAUCGGUGCAGGAGUAUUGCUUGUCUUCUUGCAGGGGCUUAACUACAUCAUCGACGUGUACAAGGUGAAUGCCAACUCGGCCAUCGCGGCAAACACGUUUUUCCGAUCGUGGCUGGGAGCUGGUUUCCCUUUGUUUGCCACGUACCUCUUCCAAAAUCUGGGAGUCCCUUGGGCCAUGUCCCUCCUCGGCUUCCUCACGCUAGCUCUAUUCCCAGUUCCGAUUCUUUUCUUCAUCUACGGUGAGAAGAUCCGCAAGCUGAGCAAGUUCAGCGCCUAGAAUUUGUUUGAAGCAUGAUGUUGGGGUUCGGAGGAAAAUAGCCUAUAAUGUCUCGUAUGAAUUUGAUAAUUUAGCAUAAGCUUC